AUGGAUGUGGCAAAUGGUCUAAUAUGUUUGAUACCCGUCAACUUUACCAUCACAAAUCCAGAGACACUGUUACCGGAGAGGGUAACACUUGGUCACAAUGAUAUGAAUGAAAACACUAAUGACCCGACACAAUCUGCCACACAAUAUCCCAAGUGUUAUACAUUUCAAAACAAUGACAUUGUGCUCAAUAUAAUCGAUACGCCGGGAAUUGCGGACACGGAUGGUGUGGAUAAAGAUAAUACAAAUAUGCAAAAUAUAUUAGAUUUUAUCAGUAAUUAUCGGGAAAUUAAUGCCUUUUGUGUUCUCUUAAAGCCAAACGAUGCGAGAGUUGAUGUUGUCUUCAAAUCGACUACUUAUUGUUUCGAUUCCGAUUCCUUUCGAUAUCUCGUGGCAUCGAUUCCGCCAAAUAAUAUACGAUUUGAACCAAGAUUAAAGCACAUGUAUGAAGAUAGUUGGGAAAGAUCUGUAGAGGAAUGUCGGCGUCUAUUCAAUCACAUAAUACAACUGCCGGCACACAAAGUGAUGGACACCUUAUCGUUGAAUAACGCCAAACAAAUCAUACAAUUAUUAACCAAACCGUUGGCCGACAUCACAAAGAAUAUCGCGGAUAACGUAAUGCAAUGCGAAUUAAAUAAGAAUGAGAUUAAAGCAUACAAGGGAUCCAUUGAAGACCUGCACAAAAAACUAUACAUACCAUCGGUUGAGAUAAUAUCUGUACCGUUAGACCGACCGAAGACUAUAUGCGGUGUCGCCGAGUGCUGUGAAUUUACAACAAUCGAUGGCGUCAUCGAUAUUAAUUACCUAACCGAAUGCCAUUCACCAUGUUACCUCGAUUUUGACGAUGGUAAUAUUGUAGGCAAUAAGGGUCUGCUACGGUGCAAAGCGUUUAAUAUACACAGUAAACCGAUCGUGACCCUG